AUGUUCUAUGGGACAGCGUGUUUCACCAAUCACGUUUCUAAGACACAGAGUGGGAAGACCGCGGAUCACCAGCAACUGAGCGUCUGUAUGAGUCGUAGGAAGUGCGGCAACUGUUGCAAACUCCUUGUGGGUUGCAAACAGCAACAAGAAUACCGGUGUGGCUACGUCACGUGUCCUUUGUGUCACCAUUACAUCGAAGCCCUGUCGCAUCGGUGCUUCAUUCAAGUGGCUAAGACUCCCGAGGAAGAACGUGCGGAAUGUCACACCAAACGAAGACCUGGUCGUCAUCUGCGUGGUGCUGAUGCCGGCUUGGCCACCGUGCACUCCAACGAGGAUGAUGUGCCCUCCAUUUCUCUUCUUCCUUCACCUCCUGUGGACAGUGUCGACCUCAAUGACGAAAAACCUUCGACGUGGAGGCCAUGCAGGACACGGGACAUCACGUUUCGAAUCUUGUUGUGGAUGAAACCGAGAACGACGAGUGUCCAGUCUGCUUCCGGGGAGACUUGUGCAUGUGCAGCUUCUUGGAGUGGCUGGACACGUUGACGGAGGAGGACAGCCGAGAGGUUUGAGUUCCAAGGCUGCUUAUGGCAUGGUUGUCCGGCCUGCUAUUCCAAUUGCACCGAAUCCCACCGCCGCCUCAACGAUAGGUGCUUUGACUACGUGUACCGUUGCACGCAGGUCAAACUCGACUUACUGCGUAAUCGAGGUUUCAGGGUAGUUGAAAUUUGGGAGUGUCAAUGGGAAAAACUGAAACGAGAACGCGAAGAUGUUUGCGCGUUCAUUGACGCCCUAAAUCUCUCGGCCCCUCUAAAUCCUCGGGAUGCGUUCUUUGGAGGUCGUACGAACGCCUUACGACUCUACCACAAGGUAGAUGAGACUCACGGGGAAAAGACUCCUUACUUCGAUUUCAUGUCUCUGUACCCGUGGGUUAACAAGAACGGUAAGUACCCUCUGGGACAUCCUGAGAUCAUCUCUCAACCUGGUCAUACAGACCUUUCUCGUUAUUCCGGCCUAGCGAAAUGCACGGUGCUUCCACCCCAAGGUCUCUUCCAUCCCGUGCUACCUUACCGUCAUGCCGGCAAACUCACCUUUCCACCCUGUGCCUCCUGCGUGGCCGAGGAAAUGUCCAAACCCUUUCUGGAGCGUACUCCCGUCUGUACUCACACGGAUUCGGAACGCCAACUUGUAGGGACCUGGUGCACACCAGAACUCCUCAAGGCUAUUGAGAAGGGAUACACAGUCGUCUGCGUACACACAGUGUGGCAUUUCCCAACCACUCGCAGAGGGCUCUUCAAAGACUACAUGAACACGUGGCUCAUGAUCAAGGAAGAGGCCAGUGGGUGGCCAAGUCACGUGGGCAACAAUCCCCUGAAACGUCAACGACACUUGGACGAUUACAGAGACAAAGAGGGGAUCGAAUUGGACCCAGAAAAGAUUGAGAAAAAUCCCGGACUGCAUACGCUGGCCAAAAUGAUGUUAAACUCCAAUUUUGAAUUUGAUGACCCCUAAACAUUUUCCACCUUCUGUAAUAGUGACACCCUACAAAUCAAAUACGUUAGUAUACAGUCAGAUGAUCGGGUGGAAGUACAAUACACUUUACAAGAGGAAGACGAAUUCAUCUCGCCCAACCUGAACAUAUUCGUGGCCUGUUUCACGACCUGUUGGGCUCGUCUUAAACUCUAUGACGCUCUCAACAUCUUACAAGAGCGAGUACUGUACAAAGACACGGACUCAGUUGUGUUCCUUUCUGCCCAGGGAAUGCCCAAGCCACCACUGGGAGAUUAUCUGGGGGACUUUAAGGACGAAUUGCCCCCAGACGAUUAUAUAGUGGAAUUUGCCUCCGGAGGUCCAAAAAACUAUGGAUACAAGACCCAUAAAGGUAAAGAGGACUGUCAAGUUCGAGGCAUCACACUCAAUAGUCUGGGGAAGAGAUAUGUCAAUUUUGAAAUCCUCAAAAAUGACGUGCUAGAAGACUUGACUUCGCCACUGGAGUCUGGCAAGCGUGCGUCACUGCCGUGCCCAUACCAUAGAAAAUCGUGAGGA